AUGACAGGAAUAUACCAGCUGGCAGGAAUACACAACACUCCAGAAGUUACAGGCUUAAGGACAAAUUCUGAAACACGAUGGAAAGUGUCAUUCUGUGAACAGGGAAUCAGCAAGAGGGCAGCCAUCUGCACCAGCCCCCCUCCUGGCAUGGCCGGCCCGCCAUCAGUCGCUACCCCAAUGACCGCUGCUUUUGGUAACCCCGUGACUCAGUUUCCAGCAGCUCCGCCUCCGCCAAGCUCUGCUCCCGGGCCGCCAGGAUUCCCCACGCCUCCCACCGGGCCUCCGGUCUCCGGGUUUUCCAUGACUUCCAACUAUGACAUCACUAAAGGCCACGCGGGACGAGCACCCCAGACCCCUCUGAUGCCCUCCUACUCGGCCCUGCCUGUCACAGGUGUCUUGACAAGCCCUCUGUCCCAGCCAGUCCCUAUGCCUGCGCCCACCUUAGCGAGCGGCUCUUCCAUCACUUUUCCGGAGGAUCAUGGAGACCCCCAAAGCAUUGGGGUGCACAACGAAGCAUCUGCGGGAGGACUGUGGGGCUUCAUAAAAGGCGUGGCUGGCAAUCCUGUGGUCAAGUCAGUGCUGGAUAAAACCAAACACUCGGUGGAGACCAUGAUUACGACGCUGGAUCCUGGCAUGGCCCCAUAUAUCAAAUCAGGAGGAGAGCUGGACAUCGUGGUCACCUCGCUGAAGGAGAUCAAGGUCGCAGCCGUGAGACAAGCUUUCCAGGAGGUUUUUGGCAUGGCUACUGUAACAGGGGAGGACGGCCACUCCAACAUAGCCCCCCAGCCUGUUGGCUACGCAGCUGGACUGAAAGGGGCCCAAGAGAGGCUGGACGGUUUACGCAGGACCGGAGUCAUCCACCAGAAGCAACCAGGCCUGUCCGUGGAGAGUUUUAUGGCAGAAUUGCUCCCUGACAAAUGGUUUGAUAUUGGCUGCCUGAUCCUGGAGGACCCAGUUCACGGAAUCCACCUGGAAACCUUUACUCAGGCCACACCCAUACCUCUGGAAUACAUACAACAGGCGCAGAGUUUGACCCCCGCGGACUACAACCUUCGGUGGUCGGGUUUAUUGGUGACGGUGGGCGAAGUGAUUGCCAGGAACUUGCCGCACGUCAACCGCACCGACUGGCACACGGCAUUCACUGGCAUGUCUCGUCAACAGAUGAUCUACAGCGCAGCCAAAGCGAUUGCAGGGAUGUAUAAGCAGCGUUUACCCCAAAGGACCAUUUGAAAAGAAAAUCAAAAAUCCCCCAAGCCCAAGGGGAACCCAAAGAACAGGGUUUGAGGGGGGGGACACACUGUUUACUCAUCAUUCCUCACCCUGGUGCUACCCCAGCGAGUUGGGACUGGAACUCCUGAGUUUGUAGACCAGCAGUCUGGGUAAGGCACCAGGUUGGAGAAGGUUGCAUUAAUUAAAAUACAUUCAAAGAGGUGCACAUUUCAAGUUAAAAAACAGUAAAGCUGCUAAGCUAAACAUUUGGGUCACCAAAUAUAUUUUAGCCUGUAAUUAGGGCUGGAGGAGUUCCAUUUGGAAUACUUUGAGCUCCAAAGUCAGAAAAACCAAUUUCUUAAAAGUGUUUUUAUGUUCGUUAAGAAUUGGGCGAUCAAGAUGAAUAUUUGGCCUUGUGAAAUGACCCUUUUUAAGUUUUGUAUGCAUCUUACUUC